AUGCUCAUCCCCCUAACAAUCGGCAAACUCAUCGACUUCUUCUCUUCCCCGCAAACGACCUUUUUCGGCCUCUCCUUCCCCGUCGCCGCCGCCUGUCUCGCUCUGACGUUCGCCAUAGGCGCAGGGGCGAAUACCGGUCGAGCGAUCCUCAUGCGUCUGAGCGGAGGACGGAUCGUCGCUCGGGUGAGGGAACAGGCUUAUCUGAGUACGUUGCGGCAGGAACCGGAGUUUGCGGAUAGGGGAGCGGGGGAUAUCGUCAGUCGGUUGGGGAUUGAUACGAGCAUCAUCGGGGAGAGCUUGACCAACAAUUUGAGCGAUGGUUUGAGGGCAAUCAUCUCUGCUGUCGUCGGAGUCGCUGCCAUGGUGAUGAUCUCUGCCAAAUUGACCGGAGUCAUGCUCGCCGUCGUACCGCCCGUCUCGAUCGGAGCCGUCAUCUACGGUCGAUACCUCAGGAAGCUCAGUAAACAGACACAGGAGGCUUUGGGAGAGAUGUCCAAGACCGCCGAAGAGAAACUCAACGCUUUCAAGACCGUCGCCUCGUUCAACGCUCAACCGAUCGAAGCCCGACUGUUUGCUAAAAAGGUCGACGACGUGUUUCAACUGAUGAGGAAGGAAGCCAUCGCCAGUGGCAUCUUUUACGGAAGUUCCGGGUUGACGGGGAAUCUGGCCAUGUUGUGUCUCUUGGGUUAUGGUGGACAUCUUGUCUCGAGAUCCGAGAUUACUGUCGGUGAUCUGACUAGUUUGCUCAUCUACACUGGCUACGUCGGUGGCUCCGUCUCCGGUCUUACCGGUUUCUGGACCGGUCUCAUGAAGGGUGUCGGAGCCGGCACGAGGGUGUUUGACCUGCUCGACCGUAAAUCCGCCAUCCCCCUCUCGGUUGGAAAGACGCUCGAACCGGGGCGAGAGGGACCCAUUCGAUUCGAGAACGUCAGCUUUACUUACCCUAGCAGGAAGGAGGUCGAGGUUCUCAAGGGUGUGGACCUUCAGAUCGAGGUCGGGACCAGUCUUGCUAUUGCCGGCCCGAGUGGAAGUGGGAAAUCCAGUAUUCAAGCCUUGAUCUGCCGGUUCUACGAUCCUAACAGCGGUCGAGUGAUGUUCGACGGCGAGGACAUCCGAGAAUUCACCCCAGAGUCUUGGAGAGAACGGAUCGGGGUCGUCUCGCAGGACCCUACGUUGUUUACCGGCUCGGUCCACUCGAACAUCGCUUAUGGACGAGAACAGACCACACGGGAAGAAGUCGAAGAGGCCGCUCGGAUGGCGAACUGUGAUUUCAUCUGGGACUUGCCUCAAGGGUUUGACACGCAGAUCGGGAAAGCGAGUUUGUCUGGAGGACAGAAACAGAGGAUCGCUAUCGCCCGUGCGCUGGUCCGCAAGCCUUCUCUGUUGCUUCUCGACGAAGCUACCAGCGCCCUGGACUCGACAUCAGAACACUCUGUCAACUCUGCCCUGGACCAGAUCAUCCGUACCCAGAACAUCAGCGUCAUCCUCAUCGCUCAUCGUCUAGCCACCCUGGCCCGGGCGGAACGGAUCGUCGUACUGGAGAACGGAAAGAUCACUGAAGACGGACGCUACUCGGAGCUUUCGAGACGACCGGGAGGGAGGUUUAGGACGUUGAUGGCUGCUCAGUUGGCUUUGGAGAAGAACCGUUCGAAUGAGGGUGAGGAUGACGAGGAGGUCGAGGUCGAGGUGGCGAAACCUGCGACGGGGGCUGGAGAGGACCCGAAGAUCAACCAGGUCUAG